CCCACUCUUUUCUCUGUGCUCCGUGGCAUUUUGCAACACAGGCUACCUGCUGCUGCUGGAUUUACACAUAACCGCAGCUUUAAACGCGGGCAGGAAUGGACAAAGACGGCAAUAGGUGAUCAUUGCAUGGAUUUACACAGCACAAAUGUAUGAAGACACUAAGAAACAAGACUUUCACAACAAAAUGACCUUAAAGGCCCUUCCAGAGCUCUAAGAUGACGUGCAGGAGCAAAUUGUGAGUAAUGUGAUCAGAAGGAGAAGGAAAUGCAGCCUUGCCAGCUAUAGCUUGUAUGUGAGCGUGAUGCCCAGGCGGGGGUUGACGCUCCAGGGCCGGGUCCGCUGGCUCUUCCUGAGCCUCUUCCUGCUGCUGGUGCUGCUGCUGUUCGCAUACCUGCUUGAGUGCACCCCUCCGGCAGACGUCAGCCUGGCCCUGCCCGGCCUCGCAGGAGAGAGCUACGGGAAGGAGUACUACCAGGCCCUGCUGCAGGAACAGGAGGAGCGCCACCUGAACCGUGCCGCCAGUCUCAAGCGCCAGAUCGCCCAGCUCAAGCAGGAGCUGCAGGAAAUGAGUGAGAAGCUGAAGCUCCUGCAGGACAAGAAGGAGCUCCCUGGGGUGCAGGGUUUGACCGAGACGAAAGACCAAGAGCCGGGAGAUCUGCUGGAGUACCUGCACUCUCAGAUCGACAAGGCUGAGGUCAACACGGGGGCACGCCUCCCCAGCGAGUAUGCCCUGGUGCCCUUUGAGAGUUUUACCUCGUCCAAGGUGUACCAGCUGGAGAUGGGGCUGACGCGGCACCCAGAGGAGAAACCUGUCCGCAAAGACCGCAGGGACGAGCUGGUGGAGGUCAUGGAGGCUGCGCUGGACAUUAUUAAUAACCCUGAUGAGGAGGACGGUGUGGAGGAAGACAUGCCGAUGCAGAGACAAACCUACACAGAGGGUCACUUUACUGAAGGACUGUACAGGACAGAGCGAGACAAAGGGACGCUUUACGAACUCUUCUUUGCCAAAGAGGAUUCCAGCAGCUUCCGCCACGUCACGCUCUUCAGACCUUUUGGUCCCUUGAUGAAAGUCAGGAGCACAUCUGUAGAAACAUCAGGAAUGAUUAUUAACAUCAUCGUGCCACUGGCAGGCAGAGUAGAAACUUUCUCACAGUUCUUACACAACUUCAGGGAGGUGUGCAUACAACAGGACAGACGAGUACAUCUCACGGUGGUUUAUUUUGGGCCAGAGGGCCGACAGGAGGUGAAGUCAUCUUUGGAAAAAAUGUCAAGGGAGGAGAACUUCUCCAAUUACACUCUGAUCCCAGUGGACGAGGAGUUUUCACGAGGUCGGGGUCUGGAUAUCGGAGCGCACGCCUGGAAGAAAGGCGACGUCUUAAUGUUUUUCUGUGACGUUGACAUCCAUUUUACCCUCGACUUCCUCAACACCUGUCGUCUCAACGCUGCUCCAAAUAAGAAAGUCUUCUAUCCAGUGGUGUUCAGUCUGUACAAUCCUGCCAUAGUCUAUGGAAAUUUGGAGCUGGCUCCACCUACUGAACUCCAACUGAUUCACAAAAAAGAUGCUGGAUUCUGGAGAGACUUUGGCUUUGGAAUGACGUGUCAGUAUCGCUCAGAUUUCCUAAAUAUUGGUGGGUUUGAUCUUGAAGUCAAAGGCUGGGGUGUGGAAGACGUCCACUUGUACAGGAAGUACCUCCGGAGUGAGCUGAUAGUGAUUCGGACGCCGGUGUCUGGUCUCUUCCACCUGUGGCACGAGAAGCAGUGUGCGGACGAGCUGACGCCGGAGCAGUACCGCAUGUGCAUCCAGUCCAAAGCCAUGAACGAGGCGUCCCACUCUCACCUGGGCAUGCUGGUUUUCCGAGACGAGAUUGAGGCUCACCUACGUAAACAAGCCUUCAAGACUCAGAGCAAAACAGAGGACUGAGUAAGCCUCUACACACCCAUCAUCAUUCCGACGUUAAGACUGUGAGGUGCUGACAUCAUUAUUAUCGCACUACAGCAACAACAUGUUUACACGGAUCUUUCUGCAUUUCACAGCUCAGCUGUAGACAGAUGAAUGUACAAAAACGAGCAUCGAUCAAUGUGAAAUUUCACAACCCGGUACAACUCUUAGUGAAGAGCUACAGCAGUGUAAGACUCAGAUAAUCUUAUGUAAAACAAGUAAUGUAUCCUUUGGAUUUAGGUUGGCAUUAUAUUUUACAUAUUCAUACUUAAUUCAGUAAGCAUGCCGUUAUUAUCUUUGGAAACGACUUCUCACUAAGCCAUCCCACCGGCUUCAAACACAGCACCUGACAUGCAAAAGGUUUUCACCAUUUUCACCUUCUCCUCUGUGUAAUAGUUCAGAUUUAUUUUGAAGUGGGGUUAUGUGAGGUACUUAUUCACAAUCAGUGUGUCACCGACUGUAGAUGUCAGUUGGCAUUCAGCCGGUUAGAGAAGCAGGCUGGAGUCCGACAUGGAAACGGAGCAACUUUCUGCAGUGGGUGAGGACCAGCAACAAAAUAUAUUUUAGCCCCCUUAAAGUCCCGCCUAAAACAGUGCAUAUCAGUUUAAGUGUGUGCGAUAUUGAGUUUAUUUUCACUGCUUUACCUUAAUAUCAGACAGCCCAUCCCAGUGAGGAGGCUGUAAACAACUUCAGUUCCCCAACUAUGUUCUUUUGUAAAGCCGGACUCCUUUCGCAAAAACAGUCAUUUUGGCUCACUGAACACAGGAGCUGCUGCUCUACUGCUGCUUUUAUCAGUUAGUUUGUGUUAUUGUGUGACUUUGGUGAACGCAAUCUAAUUUAGCCAAUUUAAAAGCCAAAGUCACACAGUAACACAAAGUGAUUGAGGUAGCAGUAGACUAACAGCUCCUGCUUUUAGGAAUGUCAAAUCACUGUUUUUCUAAAUGGACUCUGGCAUUGAAGAGGGCGAUACAGCGGCUUGCAAAUUACUAUUGGAAAUUGCUGUCAGAUGAAAAGGUUAAGCAGUGAAAUACUCCCAAUAUAGUGUACACUGAUUCUGACUGUUUUGGGUGUAAUUUUUUUUUAGGUAGCUAAAAUAUCUAGACUCCACCGCGUUUCUCCUAACCGGUGGGCGUGCUGACUGCCAUCUACUGUCUGUAAUACAUUAACUAUGGACAAGUCCCUCAAACAACCUCACUUAAAAAAGUCUCAACUAUCCCUUUUACUACAUUUCACUGCUGAAUGUGACCACAGCUGUUACAGCUAAUUUCUGCAAUCCCCCCAAAAUAUCAAACAUAAUCAAAUACUGUAGAGUGGCUUUUUUAAAAGAAAGAAAGCAGUUACAAAAGGAUUUUAAAAAAUAAAGUCCAACUAUUUAUUUACUGUGUACAAAAGGAAAAAUAAGAAGUUGCACUUUGUUGAAAUGGAAGUUAAAGAAAAGUUGUCCCCACAUGAACCAGUUACAUUUCUUCUGACAGCUGUCGGCAAGUUGAACGUCAGUGUAUUGGCAGUUUUGUGAGGAGCCGUUCUUUUAGUAUUAUAUUUAUAGGUUGUUUCAGGCUGGCAAUGUUUUAAAAAGGGACCUUUUUUUGUGUGUUUAAUGUGACAAUCAGUCACUGACCUCCUGUGCUGAUGACAGCUCAUAAGUGAUGAAUUCAACAGAGAAGCAUGCUGAUUAAAUAGUUAAAGAGCCAGGAGCAAAGAUGUGUUAUUCGCAUGCAGCGCUAUGAUAUCAGGUCUUUGAGGACCAGUAUUAUUGUCUAAAUAACAUAAUUAAUAAGAUUACUCAUUUAUGCCCGGUGAGAAUGACUCACUUUAUGAUUCCUAAUAAUACUGGACUGAGUUUGAAUGUUACAGCCACUCUUGUAAAUAGUUUUCUAAUAUUUCUUUAUUUGUGAGUUGAAUACUUUUGUCGUACGUGCCUACAUGCUUCAGUGUGACAGGAAAUGUUUUUGAAAUGUUAUUCCAUCUCAUAGUGAGAGGAUGUUACAGCUGAACAGUCACAGAGGUUAGCGAUGUAAUUUUGAUGAAUACAGCUGUCCAAAUCAUACAUAGAUCCGGCAAGAAGUGCUUUAUUUUUCUCACAAUGAAAGCAGGUUAUUCUUGCAUCUCAUGCUGUACUGUAAUUUUUUUUAAUCCAUAUUUUUGCUAAUAUUACAGCUUUUUGUAGAUAGUCUUUCGGCCUCCUCACCCUGCAGGAGAAAUGUUAUGCGUCCUUCUCUCCGCUGAACUGAACAAUUCAAACAGAAAAAAAAACUGCAAGGAAAUGAUUUAUUUUAAAAAUUUUGGCCAUUAAAUAAAACUCACAGAA